GGGUGUGAGCGGCCGGGCAGGGCGCCCCCAGGAUGCUGCGGUUCCUGCGCAGGACCUUUGGCCGGCGGUCGAUGCAGCGCUACGGGCGCGGAGCCGGGCGCGGAGCCGGGCGAGGUGGGCUCGGCGGCGAGGGGGACGAGCGGGACGGGGGGCUGCGAGGAGCGGCCGCCGCCGCCGUCGGCUCGGGAGCCUUCCCCUCCUCGCCGCUCCCCGGAGGGGUCGUGCACGGCGCCGGAGCGCCCGUCCACAUCCCGGCGGCCGGCGACAGCAAGCUGGUGCUGCAGUGCCGCGUCCUUCUCCUGGACGGGACCGAAGUCAACGUGGAGCUGCCGAAAAAUGCAAAGGGACAGGAGUUGUUUGACCAGAUUGUGUAUCAUUUGGACCUUGUAGAAACGGAUUACUUUGGCCUGCAAUUCAUGGAUGCUUCCCAAAUUACACACUGGUUGGACCAUUCAAAAUUCAUUAAGAAGCAAAUAAAAAUUGGACCUCCGUACACGCUGCAUUUUCGCAUUAAGUACUACUCGUCAGAGCCCAACAACCUUCACGAGGAGUUCACAAGGUACCUGUUUGUAUUACAGCUCCGGCAAGACAUUCUUUCAGGGAAACUGAAAUGCCCAUAUGAAACUGCUGUUGAACUAGCAGCUCUGUGUCUUCAAGCUGAGUUGGGAGAGUGUGAGCACCCUGAGCACACACCAGAGCUCGUGUCUGAAUUCAGGUUUGCACCAAACCAGACUGAAGCAAUGGAAUUUGACAUUUUUCAGAAAUGGAAAGAGUGCAGGGGAAAGAGCCCGGCGCAGGCUGAGUUGUGCUACUUGAACAAAGCUAAAUGGCUAGAAAUGUAUGGUGUAGAUAUGCAUGUAGUUAAGGGAAGAGAUGGUUGUGAAUAUGCUCUUGGACUGACACCAACAGGCAUAUUGAUCUUUGAAGGAGCCAACAAAAUAGGCUUAUUCUUUUGGCCUAAAAUCACAAAAAUGGACUUUAAAAAGAGCAAACUAACGCUUGUGGUUGUAGAAGACGAUGAACAGGGCAGAGAGCAAGAGCACACAUUUGUUUUCCGGUUAGACAGUGCCAAAACGUGCAAACAUUUGUGGAAGUGUGCGGUGGAGCACCACGCUUUCUUCAGAUUGCGAGCCCCAGCAAAUAGUAAAUCUAGUAGAUCCGACUUCAUAAGGCUGGGAUCACGCUUCAGAUUCAGUGGGAGGACAGAAUAUCAAGCGACACACGGGACGAGGUUACGCAGAACUAGCACAUUUGAAAGAAGGCCCAGCAAGAGAUACCCCUCUCGAAGACAUUCCACUUAUAAGGCAAACAAUCCUGUGAAAGCAGCACAACUGUGUGCUAAAAAUACUCCGGAACUCCAUAACUACCAGCCCCAGUAUCAUCCUAAUAUACAUCCUGCUCAGCCACACUGGCAUCCACACACCCCUGUGAAUGUAAGCUAUCCGUUGAACAACAGUGAUCUGCAUCCGUUCAGCAUUGAGGAGAAUGGUGGGACUCCAUACACCACAAAAAUGGCUGCAAGGCACCACCACCACCAUCGGCAUCACCACCACCACGCCAAUUACGGUGCCCUUACUCCUGAAACCAAGGACAUUGUUUCUGCAGUUCCAAAUCCAACCAAACUGAGCUCAGGACUUCCCCUUCUUUAUGAUGAAACUUCUCAUCUGAAGAAAAUAGAAACGGAGAGUGUGAAGGUAGUUGGACCAUGGCCAGCCCUGCACGUCAGCAUGAACAAGGUUGAAGACAAGAAGGUAUCAGAAAAACCUCUUCAUGCGCCUGUGUCACCUUCAUCUGUACCUGACCAUUUGAAGUGCAACAUCCUCAAAGCUCAAGUGGAAGCUGCUUUUAGAGUAGGUGCCCAGGCUGUGAAAGAAGAGACCUCUUUUGUAAAUCCCAGUAAGACCUCCAGUCUGCAGGACCCUAAUGUAAGAAGCCCAGCUCCAGUGAGACCUGAAACUACACCAACAACUGUCCCUGCAGAAAAGCAGGAGGUUAAAGCUCCCCGUGUGAGGAAGUUAACAAGGCAGUACAGUUUUGAUGAAGAUGACCUUCCUCCUGCACUGGCAGCAGCAGCAGCAGCAUCAACACCUGUGUCUUCAGCCUCUCCCGGGUCGCAGAAAACGUGCACGCCACAAACAUCGGAAGGACAAGCACAGGUUUCGCCUGGUGGCAAGAGUUCCACAGAUGCUGGGAGUACAUUUGCUUUGGAGCCAGGUGACCUCCUGAUGGAUUUCACAGAGGCUACACCAAUGAUAAAGACAUUCCCUGCUGAUACAUCUAAUCCUUUUUUCGAUCCCUUUACAACAGUACCACAGUUUUCUGCAGAAUUUGCAGACACCAAACUACAAUGCUGUGCGGUGCAGUCGUCUCCUAAGAUUACGCUGGUGUCUCCAUCACCCGUGCUGAGGUCUCUGGCAGAGACCAUCCCAACUCCAACAGUGCAGACAGUAUAUACGUCGCAUAAGCCCAUUUCGCUGGCAGACAGUGCUGAGACUCUGAGGCGUGAACUUGAGAGAGAGAAAAUGAUGAAAAGACUCUUGAUGACAGAAUUAUGAAACUCGCACUUCCGUCAGAUGGAGAAUGGAUUGGGGCCUUUCAUGUGCCUUCUGUCUGUUUACAUUCCUCUGCUUCUGUGUACUCAACAUAAUGCAUCGGGAAAAUGUGUGAUAUUCCUGGCUCGCCUGGAUUCACUGCCGUUGGUUAAAAUUACGUCUUGGCUAGACUUUGACUUGAAGGAGUUCCUUUAUUCAUUUGCUGCUGGGAAAUAAACCUUCAAUCCUUUCUCUCUCCUGAGAUUUUAUACUAUUAACACAAUUAAUUUCUGGUUUGGUUUUGGUAAAUCUAGGGCAAAGAGGAUCAGCAAGGAGCAUACUGAUUUCUAUUGGGAAACACUGUUCUGUACAUAUGUUAAUAAGUGCACAGAAAUUAAUGUUAUGCAGAAUAUUUUGAUAGUAACAUAGAAAAUAUGUCAUUUUGUACAACUGAAAAUUGCAAUGAGCUACUGCUAUUUGUUAAGAGAACCAUUUUUAAAGCAGAAGAAUGAUUAUUACAUCCUAACCCCAGGACUGUUAGUCUCCACAGAAUAAACGGCUGUCUUAUUAAAUUCCUAACCUUAACCUUCCCUCAGAGAAAUAAAUAGCUGCAACUGGGAGAGACACCUCACCACACAGAUACACACACCCAAUACUUCCUAUAGCUUAUCACCUUGACCUAAACCUUCAACAGAGUCUUACCGUAUUUCCCUUAAUGGAUGAAAAAAAUCCGUUGUUUAAAGUAAUUUGCUACUGACUUUCUAGCUUGAUACUGACUUUUUUAAAGCAAGUGAGGAGCUUUACCUUCUCCAGAUUGCCUAGGCUUUAAGGCUAGCCCACGCUCAGACAUCUUGUGUCCCAGCACUGAAGGUUGCAGAGCCUCAGCGGUGUGGACGUAGCUCACACAAGGAGAAUUUUUUCCUUUCUGGGUAAAAAACCACCUUCCUGGUUGACAUGAAUUGAUUGGUCCCCUUCAAGAACAAGAACGAUGAUCUUUUAAGGCAUAGCUGUGCCUGCACCCAUAUUUUUAAUUCUACUAAUCAGCAAUCCUGUGCAGGGCUAUACAUCCUGUUCACCUCCAACACCCAAGCAGCCUCUACUUCCAGUGGAGCUAUCUCAGGCAUGAAGUGGGGUGGGUAGUCCAACAUGAGCAGAGCCACAGGGAGGGAAUUGAUGGGAUACAGGUAACGCUACCAACUAUCUCCUAAGGAAAAAAAAAGGUCUCAGUUUCCCCUUGUUUAGUAGUGCAGGGUCACCUAGAAAACUAACACUAUCUGACUGCCAGCUACAAGGUACACUUUCAACAGGAAAGGUUUUGUGCAUUUUGUAUGGCUGAAGAUGUAUAUUUUUCUGUUACUCUGUACACUAUGUUCUCUUAUUUGUAUUAAGAUAAAAUAUUGCCCUUCAUUUGGCACUGAUUACAAUGGCUUUAUCUCAGCUUAAGCAGUGUGUUUGUGUGGAGGCUGGGAAGUGAUUGCUGUGAGACUGGAUUUCCUUCAGUUAGCUUCUGCUGUUUUUCUAAAAUGAGAGUUCUGGAGAGCUUCGUAAGACUGGAUUGCAGUGUGAAGGUAUAAAAUGACUUGUCUAUUUUAUAUUUGCUGAGACAAAAAAAUUAGCUUCCCAUUUAAAUCCACCAAGCACAACACUUUCUGGUUGCCAUAAAUUGGGUCAAAAUACACAACACAACUGUUAGGUAGAAAAUCACAUUACAAAAUUUAAUCAAGUGGCUCAACAUGAGCAGUGGGCACAAGGAGCCACAAAAACACACCUGGACUCUAGAUUUAAGAGCAUUCCAGUGGCUCUUCUGGGUAAUCAGAUAUGACUUGUAUGGUGUCCACCUGCUAGCUGUAGUGCCAGGGCACUUCUGUUCCUUUUGUUUUAAUGCCCCAGUCCAUCAAUCCAGGGUUCUUAAAAAUUGAUUAGGAACAUUAAAUCCCUGUGAGAAAAUUGGAAAGGAGGGGAAAAUGCACAGACACAAAAGAAUGCAAUUUCCUGUUACUCUUUUCUCACCACUUCCCAGAAGGUAUUGGUGAGGGAGAAGCAGCAGCACAUUUUGCCUGCGUCCAAGAGAGGGUGAGCAUUUUGAAGAAAAAAUAAAAGAAAAUUGUAACUAGAAAUGCUGGUUUGGGAGAGAAAAACAAAGUAAGGUUGAGAAUGGCACAGUGCUGACUAGAUCAAUCUGGUUUUCUGUCUGUUAGGUAAGCCUCAGUUGUGUUUGAACUGCAACAGUUUCACAAAGUCAUUGUCAAAGAAAACCCAGAAAGAAAACCCCAAACAAACAAACAGAAAAAAAUCUGAACAUACUGAUUGAUGCAGUGGACUUUAGGAACCCCACAAUAUGCCGUCAGGUUUGGGGGCAAAACAGAUCCACGUUAGGACUGUCUGGUCACUUAAAGCAAAAGCCUUUAGCAAAACUGAAUGCCUGAGUCAGACUAGCCUAUAAGAUAUUCUGGCUCAUAAACAGUCUAAAACAGUAUUGUUUUUAAUGCAUCAUUUUUGCUCCCAUUGUAUAAAAUUUCUUCAGCUGAAAUAAUCAGAACCGGAAAAGAAGUAACGUGAACCAAGGUUACUUUACAUGGCCAAACCUUUAUAGCUGAGGCAUGCUCUGGGAUAGCUGAAGAAGGGCAGAGAUUCCUCCUUCUGUGGUUCCCACCAGGAGAGGAGGGAAAGGCUCAUGUGGCUGCUUAGUUUUUGUGGGACAUUUUCUACAGAACAACUCCAAGUAUGUUGCCUUGUUGUGUUUUAGUGUCUUAUCCACUGGCUGCCACUGUUUCCUAUUCUGCAGUCUAAUGGAGCUUUAUUAAAACUGUUUUACUGAAAUCAAACUAAACUUUUAACUGUGGAAUGUCAUCAUCUUGUUCUUUCUUACUACGUACCUUCUUCAGCCAUGCUUGAGCAUCUCAGUUUUCACAUCCUCUGAAGAAACACUUCUGCCUCAUCUCUGGUUGGGAAUUACAGUGUUAGGACACCUGUUACCCAAAACUGCUGUGAACAAGACAACGUCAACAUGAACAUAUUGCAGAGGGGCAGAUAUUGCAGAUUUGCUCCUACAAUUUAACUUUACAGGUGUUAAAGGAUACUCUGCCUGAAGGUAUGUCUAUAUAAUAGUGCAGAAGUAUCUGAGCUAGCUUUAAGCUUGCAUUUGUAGUUGUGGCAGCAUGAAGCCCAGCACAGGCUAUCAUUAUCAUGUACAUUGACAUGUGUAAAGAUAACGCAUUUGAACAGCAGCCUUCUGAAGCAUGGGCUCCAGAACUGGUGACAGAAGAGGGUGGCUGAAAGGAUUUUAUCUCUUCAGCUCUCCUGGGAAAGGGUUCAUCUCACCUAACAUUAAAAUGCCCAGCUCUCACCUGGUGAGAGAUCAAAGGACCUGUCUUCCGGAGGUGCCUCUGAUUCAAGCGUCUACCUUAAGUAUAUAUACUGACUAAAGUUAAGUGAGAUGAAUCCUGCUUUCCCUCCCUCUGGCUAGGUCUACAUUGCAAACCCUUGCUGACUCAGCUGCAUCAUCCAGGGUUCAGCUUCAAGGUAUGAUUUGGGAUCAGCGUAGCUGUGCCAGCAAAAGCCUUGAGCGUUAGGUGUAAAUAAACUGCCAGAAAUGUCCUUUUGUCAGAACAGAGAGCUGGGAUAACAACUUACAGUGACAUAAGCGCAGAGGCUUUGCUGUAGUCAUGCUCCAUCUGGGAGUUGAUGAAACCUCCUGCUAUAGCCACGCUGGCAAAGCUAACCAGGGGUGGCCCUGGCUUUUCCCAGUGCCCCGAGUGAUGCUCCGGCCCCAUCAGCAGAUCCCAGCUUUUCAGCGCCAAGUCUCUAAGCAGCGGAAUGCAAUGUUGUCAUGUUUGGGUGAUUCCAGCAAAAUUUAUUGGCCAUUUAAAUAGCUAUGCAAGGAGUUAAAUAUUUUCUCAUUUUGCAGUCUCUUAUGGAAGCCAACCAAUUGUGCUUUGUUUUUUUUUGUGUGGCUCAGCUGUUUCCACUAUUUUGUUUUAAAAGGAAUAACUGAGUUUUCUUUAGAAAUGUUGGUUGAGAUUCCGCACCUCUCUCAGAUCCCAUCAUGUGUGCAGACUUUUCAUGUUUCAUACACCCUGAAAGUGCAAAAUUUGAAAAUUAACUCCUCCAAAGUUUCAGUUCAUGGCUUCACUCUCUUGCAACAGGAUGCCUACGCGCCCAUUUGAAACAGAGCUAUCAAUGCAGUGAAACAUUUCAUUGGAGGCAGCAUCAUGUUUUGUUUGAACUGUUUACAAAUAGCCUUUGCUUUUAUUUAUUUUUUUUUCUUGGAUACAAUUCUGGUUCAUUUGCUACAAAAAAACCUACUUGUAAUUAUGCAAUGGAAUAUUUUUUCUUUUUUUUCUUUCCUUUUUUUUCUUUAAUGUCCUGAUGUUCAAGGAGUUUGCAAUAAAUAUACUGAGACUGAUCUGUAAUUGCAUGUAAGAUUAGCCUCACAACUGUGUUUUGUAAAGUUAAGUGCCGUAAAAGAAGCUGUAGAUGAUGUGGAGAAGGAGGGAAGAUAGAGAGUAAGUGGAGGCUUCUUUGGCAGCUGCAGCAUGGAGUGGUGAGUAGCAGCUUUAAAGCAAGACUGCUCACACCAUUUUGUUUCACCUGAGUAGCAGCGUGUAUCAUCAGACAGUGUAUGAUGGCAUUUUGUUGAAAACAUGCCUAAAGAGAAACUUUUACGGCUCCGCUGUUUACCUGUUCCUGUAUUCAUGCCUGCAAUAAAAGAGAUGAAAAAUAAA